GACGACCUGUUGUCACCCAAGCCCCCCUCCCUCUCCAAAUGGACCACCAGUCACUUUAACAAGCCUACCACGACGGACAAGAUGCUCCCCUCGCUCAUGAGAAAGAGUCAGAUUGAAGAGACGCGGAACUUUGAGCUCUAUCGUCUUCACUCGAUCGCUUUUGAGCUCAACAAGGGCGACACCCUUGUCUUUAUUGACUACCCUAUUCACCAAAAGGCAGCUCUCAGCUAUACCGAUUGCAAUGGCAUUACAUUCAAACCCCUCCAGUUCCGCGUCAACUCGGCCAAUCUGGUAGGCAAAUUUGCCGAGAUGCUUGCGCCUACCUAUCAAUUCCGCGUUCUCAGGCGACUCAAGCUCGUCAACAAGCUCGCCGACGGCGUCAAAUAUGUGUUGGAUCUGACUCCACCUUCGGAAGGCGAUGAGCUGGUCUUUCAGAUGACUGAGCUAUCAUUGACACCUGGCAUCAUCAAGUGGUGGAGCACCCACUUGACGAACGAAGUCGAUCCAUGGCUUGUUUGUGGUCACGAUGAUAUUUGCGGGUGCAAGAGACAAAAGGAGGAAGAGACUAAGGAAGAUGAAUCAAUGGGAGAGGGCUCAUCAGCCGAAGUACAACAAGAUGCCACGGCUAGUUCUAAGGAGAAGAAAACGUUACCCAGGCUUCCCCUCAACGCAGAUGCCGCACUUGGUAUGAAAGCAAGGGGAGAAGAUGAAGUCUACAAAACACCGUCUUUUCGAAAAGUCCCCGACUACUGUCCUAUUCGGCAUCGGAAUGGAAUACUGCGGCUGUUACUCCUACUAGAAGGGAAAGGAGUCAUCCUCGAUUCCGCUAUAAGGGUAUGGACCCUUGUGAAGCUGGGCACCAUCUUUGACUGUGCUCAUGUUCUCCGGGAUCGUGUUGCCCAAUGGAUCAUGCAUGGGCCCAAUACGGCGCUGAUCGAGCACUUACCCGAGGAAGCCCUUCAGAUAGCCUUUGCCCUGGAGUUGCCAGAGGUCGGGCAAUCGGCCUUCAGGAUCCUUGUGAAUGAGGCCGCUCUGAAGUUGGCCUCUACCUCUAAGGGACCCGCUACUCAGUUCACCAUCUUUGGAAGAAGGCUGGGUGAUUUGCCCGACGACUUGCAAAACCUGGUCCAACAUGGAGCCAUGGCACUUGUGGAACGUGUGUCAAACAUUGACGCCCAGCUCCGAAACCCGGAUAUCUUUGACUUCUGGGACAUUGAAGAGUGGAACAAGAUGCAAGAGAUCGAGCAAUGCCUCGUGAAUGGAAAGGGCCCUAUCUAUGAAAAGGCUCUGCAUUCAGUCCAACUUCUAAAGGACGCUCUCGUUUACGAAGUUCGGAGCGCUUAUGAGACUGCCACAAGCAAAUCUCAGAGUUACAAUCACCCAGCGCUGAUCAGUAUUGACCAAGACCGGCUCUUGUAUGUGGAGCCUAGGCAUUUCGAAAAAACGAGCGUCAUCAUGUCCACCUUUAACCGAGUUCAGCUGCUUCUCUGCUCCAUCACCUACAACGAUUUCGGUACUAUUUUGGAUGACCGAAGGUAUCGUGACUGCAAGUGUCAACUAGUUGGCUAUUUGCAGACAACUUACCGUACGCUCACGAGCGAAGCAUUUCGAUCUUUAAGGGACGUCCUUAUAUGUGCACCAGCACAUGUGAAAACUGCCGGGUUGGAAUCGUAUAUCCGCAAGUGGUUGGGUGAAGAUUCCACGGUGUGGUUGGACUGCAUUGAGCGGGGGGUCAAGGAUGCCCUUCGACCGAUGACGCUCUCCUGGCUGCGUCACGACAUUGAACCGCCGCUGAACCUGACCCGUCACCUCCUCCUGACACUCACCAAUAAUGAGAUGAAGUACUUGCCUCUAUGGGCGGGAGGCUGUGACGACGGCAGUGGAGGAGUAUUCCAAGAUCUGCUCCCGCCAACAUCUUGGGGAGCCAACGGACCUGGCCCAGGAUACCACACAGGCAGAACUAUCCCAUCGGCGCCACCAAGCGUGACGGAGUUUAUCACGGAGGACAUGAACGCGCUACGUAUGUGGGGGAGCACCACCGGGGCUUCCAUCGACGUUCACGACAGCAUCUCGACCGUGUACCAUCCGGAUAGGGUCAUCUCCGACGAUCAGUCUAUUGCCUCAGAGUCAUUCACCGCAGGGAGAUCAGACGAUUACGAAGAUGCUAGAUUCGAGAUCCCUGCCGACCACCAAAGCAUUGGACAGGCUGUAAAUUUGACAGUCGAGGCGGCCGACUCGGAUACACGAUCUAUGACUGAAGGUCGGCAAUCGAGUGAUGAUGACGACAGCGACGACGACAUGUGUUGCUGGGACAGUGACAGUGAUGACAGUGGGGAUACA